AUGUCAUUACGCGCUUCGUGGCGUGUAUCAAUACAGUUAGCACGGACCUUCAGGUUGCGUACAUAUGCUACUGUAGCUGCUGAAGGCGAAUCUAAACUCAAUUGCGACGUGGUCAUUGUGGGCGGAGGCCCUGCCGGACUCGCGCUCGCCAGCGCUCUAGCUUCUUCUCCCCAUGUCAAAGGCGGACUGGAAGUGGCGAUUGUGGAGGCGGGAGACUUGUCAAAGAUCCGCGAGUGGCAAUUGCCCGCGGACGCGUAUUCAAACCGUGUUAGCUCUCUCACCAACACCUCCGAGGACUUUCUGAAGCGCACUGGUAUCUGGCGUCACGUUGCGCAAGAGCGCACUGCCCCCCUGGAAGAUAUGCAAGUUUGGGACGGCGUCUCUGAUGCGCGCAUCGAGUUUAGCGCCCAUGGACUCGGAAUUGGCUCCAGCUCUCCUACAGAAGCGCCCUACAUGGCACGCAUGACUGAGAACCUCAACUUGCAGAGGGCAGCGAUACACCAUCUGGAUGAACACCCUUUCAUACGUAUCCUUGACAAGACUAAGGUCGAAUCAAUAUCGAACGACGGAGAUGGCGGUGACUGGCCCUUGGUACACUUGUCCAGCGGACAAGUCCUUCGUGCUAGACUCCUGGUCGGUGCCGACGGCUUCAAUUCCCCUGUCCGCGCUUUCGCAGGCAUCAAGUCGUACGGCUGGGCAUAUCCGACGCAAGCAAUUGUGGCAACGCUGCGACAUGCACCUCGCACUGUGGGGUAUAACACGACAGCGUACCAACGCUUUCUACCUACGGGCCCUAUCGCCUUCCUACCAUUAGCCCCGACCGUCUCGUCCUUAGUCUGGUCCACUCGUCCAUCGCUUGCGGCCGCACUCUCUAAAGCCGACCCAGCGGUACUUGUGCAUAUGAUCAACGCCGCCUUUCGCCUUCCAGAGAUCUCGAUGCGAUACCUCCACGAUAGGGUGGAGGAGACUGUGCAAACCGGGAAACCCUUGCAAGCAGAUGGCUUCAGAAAAGAGAUCGCCUGGAGGGAGAGCGCGCAUCAGAUUGCGUCGCACUCGUCGUUGGCUUCAGCAACCGUUGAUCCUUCAUCUGUGAGCCAAGGCAUCCCAGCUGCAGACGCAGAUAUGGUUCCACCAUUGGUCCAUAGUAUACAACCUGGCACAGCCGCAUCUUUUCCGCUCCGCUUUAGCCACUGCGAAACGUACAUAGGCGAAGGGAAGGGCGCGCGCACAGUGCUCGUGGGCGAUGCUGCUCACACGGUCCACCCGCUCGCUGGCCAAGGCCUGAACGGGGGACUAUCCGACGUGGAGUGCCUCGCACGCUGUAUUGAGACUACCCUCUCUGCUGGUGGUGACAUUGGUUCUCACACUGCACUCCAACCUUACGCCCGUGAGCGCUACAUUCAGAAUCAUUCGAUGCUCUCCGCCGUCGACAAGCUGCACAAACUAUACAGCAGCCAACUUCCACCUGUUGUAUGGGCGCGAUCUGUCGGCGUCGAAGUCCUGAAUGAGCUCGAUACACUCAAGGCUGCUCUGAUGUUCGGUGCUGGUACCGAGCGCGGGUCAACGAGCUCCGGCACAAUGGGCUGGAACAUGUUCGCUUCUGGCUUGGAGAGCGUGGGGACUGGCGUACGAGUCGCGCGUGCGGUCGGUGAAGGCCUGCAAGGUGUUACUGCGAAUAUCUUGAAGCAGGCGGCCGGUGUUCUUCGUCAACGAGGGUCGUGA